CAGUCAACGCAUAUGUUCUACCAGGUCGUCCAUUCCAUGUGGGUAGUGUUGUAUAUUUCAACAACACUCAAAGCCUAAUUUUCUUAUUACAUGCCAGAUAUUGAUGAACAAAAACCUAUUGCAUACAAAGAAUGAUGUAUUUAUCGUGGACUUAAUAUAAUAUUAUAAGAUCGACAUGCCAGUGAUGGCAAAGCCGAAACCUUCUGCAGAUAAUGUGGGAUGUGAAUUUGUUCGCCAGUACUAUACCAUGUUAAAUAAAGAUCCAAGACAGGUCCAUAGAUUUUAUUCUAAGGAUUCUGUGUUUUUUCAUGGAGGUCCAGGCAACUCACGUGGCAAAGAACAUGUAGUUGGACAAGAAGAAAUCUAUGAAGCAAUAGAACUUCUGAAAUUCAAGGAUUGCCAUGCAAAAAUAUUGCAAGUUGACAGUCAAUUCACUGUUGGUGAUAGCGUUGUUGUGCAGGUUUGUGGAGAGUUUUCUAACAAUGGAGAACCAACCAAGAAGUUUGUUCAAACAUUUGUCCUUGUUCCUGAGGGAUUAAAAAAGUAUCAUGUACGGAAUGAUAUUUUUCGAUACCAAGAAGAACGAUUUCCUGAUGAAGUCAGUGAUGAAACUGGAGAGGUUACAAAUGAAUCUGAAGUUGAUGAUGAAGUGAUUGAUGAACGUCCUCUGGAGAGCAAAUCAGACAACUUUAAUAACCUGAUAAAUCACGUCCCCGAACAAACUGCAGGUGUUAGUUUUUCUGAUGAGGAAGAACAAAAAGUCAGCCCAAUGACAAAUGGCUCAAGUGAUACGGAUAAUGAGAUAGAAAGUGAAGAAAAGGUUGAACCUGUUGAGGCUGAACUUGAAGAAAUUGUUGUUGAAAAACUUGCACCACAUGAACCAGUUACUACCAUAAACCCAGAGCAAACUGAUUCAACCGUUUUUGAAAACAUUGAAAGUCCCGAUGAUGAAAUUGCACCACCAGCUGAUGAGAAUAACCAUGAACAUAAACCAGAACCUGAACCAGAGCCAUCCGGUCCUAUGUCGUGGGCUGCAAUGGCCAGCAAAACACCUAAGCCAAAUCCUCAGGUUUCCCGCCAAUAUGAACAAAAGAAACAAUUUGUGGCAUCUUCUCCACAAUUAAACACUGAACCUGUCAUGAAAACCCAACCGCAACAUGUUGGUGCAGGAGGUAGAGGAAAUAUUGGAGGAAACAACGCCGGUUCUAAAGAUCGUUUCAGCGGUAGGAAUGCACCCGAUAAUUGUCAGGUCUUCAUUGGUAAUCUCCCGGCUAAUUUGGAUGAAAAACAAGUACAAGAUGUAUUCUCGAAGUUCGGUAAGAUUAUCGAAGUCCGAUUAAAUCCGAAGAAUUUUGGCUUUGUUAUUUUUGACUCCCCUGAACCUGCUGAACAAGUUUUGAAAAACUUGCCAAUAACUAUUAACGGACAAGAAAUCAAUAUUGAAGAAAAGAAACCAAGUGGAUCGCUUGGACGUGGUGGCCGAGGUGGACCAUCUGGAAAUCGUGGCAAGCCCGGUGGAUCUGGCCGUGGAAUGAAUACGCGAGGUGGACCUGUAGGUAAGGGGAGUGGGGGAAACACACCUAGUGGCGGACGCGGAGGGACUGGUGGGAACCAGCGUGGAGGGGGGCAGAAUAACAGUCCAGGAAGCCGUGGACGCCGUGACAGACGAUAAAUUGAACGGCUUACAGUACAUAAUAUGCAUUGAAACAGUAUACUGUACACCAAUAUUGGAGAGUAGAUAUGUGCCAAAAACUUGGGAACUAAACAAUGAAAUAUUUCGUAGCUCAACAAGAAACACAGAGAAAGAUCCUGUAGUAACAAACGUUCACUUAUUUACAGAUUCUCUGUAAAAUUUUAACUCAAUUAAAUUCAAAAAUAAUUUCUUUGUGUAGCUAGUUAGUCGUACGUUAGUAUUCAUUGUGUGUACAAUACUUUUUAUUGUAAAACAAAAUGCAAUAGCAAUGCCAAUGCAAUUUGUUGCCCAAUUAUACAGUAUAGUCUUGA